UCGUAAUGGGAACGUAAUAAAAGAACUUUAAGAGAAUAGUAACUAAAGUCGAAUAUAUGUUGUAUUUUUCAAGAAUUUAUGAUGUCGGUGACAACUAAAAUGUUAGCUUGACUCAAGUAGUAUCAUCUUACACGCUAUCUAGCGGCAGAAGAAUGAAUCGGAUAAAACGGCUGUGAAGGAUACAACACACGCGUUACGUGUGAAAAUUAAAUUAGCAUUUGGCAGGUGUAUUUUUGGGCUUUGCUCGUAGAAUCUCAACACGAUAUUCGUACUCGCUUUCACGUAGCCGAUAAGCAAGAGGUUAUAAUAGCGGCGAGUUCUCGCCGUAGACAGUUUUUUUCUCUCACUUUUCCGUGUGAUUGUGUUUCCCCUGGAGGUGGCUUUGCUCAAGAAGGAAGACUAACACAGAGGGCACCGGAUCGCAGCCACUGACUGCCACACAUUUUUUUCAAUCGGCUGACGCGGACAAUAUACAUCGGAUUAGACGAUUAUUUAGGAAAGAUGACUGCAUUACCCCGUCGGAUCAUCAAGGAAACUCAGAGACUGAUGCAAGAGCCGGUUCCUGGUAUCAGCGCCGUACCGGAUGAUACAAACGCUAGGUACUUUCACGUGAUCGUCACCGGUCCAGAGGAUUCUCCCUUCGAGGGUGGACUCUUCAAGCUCGAAUUGUUUCUACCGGAGGACUAUCCUAUGUCUGCGCCCAAAGUUAGAUUUAUUACCAAAAUCUAUCAUCCAAAUAUCGACAGACUGGGCAGGAUUUGCCUGGAUAUCCUGAAGGACAAAUGGAGUCCUGCUCUUCAGAUCAGAACGGUUCUCCUCUCAAUACAAGCCUUGCUGAGUGCGCCAAAUCCGGAUGACCCUCUGGCGAAUGAUGUAGCUGAACUCUGGAAGGUCAACGAAAGCGAAGCGAUACGUAACGCCAAAGAAUGGACCCGUAGAUUCGCGAUGGACAACUGAUCUCAGCCGAUCCUGGUUAAUAAGAAUUCAUAUAAGAAGAUGGGUAUCCUCCUCCAUUACGCCGUGCCGACAAGUGAACCUCCUGCUGUAUCUCUCAGUCGAAACCAUCGCAAAGGACACACACCACACCUAAACACUUGCAGCUGCAGCUGCAAUAUUACCUGUACCACAAUUACCACCAAUACUGCUACCUUCUACUAGUACUAUUACUACUACUACUACUACUACUACUGCCGCUACUAAUACUACUUCUGCUACUACCACUACAUUCAUUGCACCUGUGUCGACAAUUUUGCUAUUGAGAUACAAUAAAGGAAACAAAUCUUUUUUUUUCUAAGAGUACUAUCGUCGUGACCAUCGCAUAUUACUGAUACGUUAUAUCUUAUAUAGCCAUGAUCAUUGAGACUCGAUCGAAUGGAUUCUUUUUUCUUUUAAUUUUUCAAUUACAAUAUAAUAUGCGAUUUUAUCAAUUUAGUUCCAUUUCAUUUCUUUGGUCUUGAUUUUCUAUAUAAAUUUGGUCACUUGACCUUACGUAGAGUCCUUGGUACUGGUAGAUUUCUCAGGAUUCCAAAACGAUAACGAUUUCAUAGUGAUUGUUGUUGUUGACAACAAUUUGCGAAAAAAGAAAAUAUAAUCUAAUGAUUAUUGUGCAUUUACGUCGACGACAAUGUGUAAAUAACUCCAGUGUGCGUUUACAAGUUGUAAUGUCUUAUGGUUGAGGUAUCCUUAUAUUUGUUACCUUGCUUCUUUUUUUUAUUUAGAAAAAUUAUUGGAAACCUUGACUCGGUCGUCGUUUUCGUUAGAUCAGUUUAGGCUUCGUCCGGUGGUCAGGAAAAUGAGAUUGCUACGAUCAAACAAACGGGAUAGAGAAGAUUAGUGAUGGUUUCUUGUGCAUUAACGAAACGGUUUUAUGCCUAAUUACAAAAUCGUAUUAACGAAAUACAUUUACCUAUAGAAAAUUUCUUGUUACGCUUCGCUUCUAUCCGAUACGCUUCGCCGAUUUGAAAACUGUACUUCUUGUGCGUUUCUUUUCUAUUCAAUUUUCUUUCUUUUUAAUUCUCCAUUAUCUAAAUAUCGCACGAAUGCCUGGUGCCUUUUGAGAAUCUUAGUGUACCAAAGAUGAGAACAUUUGCCUGCGAGCUUUUUCGAAAGUGCUGUUGAAGCUCAAAAGCACACAGAAAAAAUGAAAACGUAAAAAAAAGAACUCUCUAACCUGGGAUAAUUAUAUUGGUAGACCCAAAAAGAUAACAAAGAAAAAACUUAUAUCACGUAAAUUCAGGAGGGAAGAAAAAACAAUGAUCAAUCAACUUCGUCAAAUAAUUAUCCGAAAGUGUGGAUAUAAAAGAUAUAUAGAUAAUAUUCAAACUUUUUAAUGGAACUUGUACUGCGCAGGCGUUACUUGACAAACGUAGUGGUACUAUAAUGAUAAUCGUAAACGAACAGCGAAUCCAUUAUAAUAUAUCUAAUAUAAUAAGAACAGUGACAUUUAAUGUUCAGUCUGACGAUAUCAACUUAAUCGAACGCGGCCAAUUGCCAAUUUGUCAAUCGAAACUGCGUCAGAGGAGCUAGUGGACAAUCUUGAUCAAGAGUGAAUGAAUCUAGAUUUUUAAAAAGUUAUGUACUCUGUACUGCAUGCUUUGGGAUGUGUGGCCGUUGUAAACGAUUAUUAUGUUCUUAAGUGGCGCGUACAGUAGAGCUGAUGCAAAAUACUCGAGAGACCACUGGAGGCGAUUAAUUAAUUAACUUAAAUAAUUAUAAGCGAUCGAGGAACAGUAGUCCAAGGUAAAGCACGAUUCCUAAGAGAGAGAGAGAGAGAGAGAGAGAGAGUGGCAAAUCCCUCUUGUGUUUUCUUCUAUUAAUUUCUAUCUAAUAAACCUACUGAAACAAAUAAUUUUCUCUGUAUUUCAAAAGAAAAUACAAAAGAUUAUGUCCAUAAUACAUAUAAUGAUACACGUAGGAGCUAAUGAAUUGGAGGAGGAGGGUGAAGGGGAAGGUCCAAAAAAAAAUGUAACAAAAUGUCUCGCAAGACGAAUUACUUCCUUCGUGUCGCGAAUAGCUUCGAAUUACACGAAAUUACGUUUAAGAUUGUCACUUAGGAUAUACACAUGUAAAUGUACGACAGAGUAAAUGGCAGAGCAGUUUUUAUGUAAUAAAAAGACCUUGAAAGAACCGAGCUGUAUGAGGGGUGGUUGGAAGAAACAAAUUUGAAUUUUUUUUGUUUUCUAUCUGAAAACGCAUUGCUAGUGUACGUACAUAAAUACAUAAUACAUACUGCAGGUGACACAGAGAGACACGGACACACAUACGACGCUAUUAUAAUAAUAACAAUUAUUAUUAUUAUUGUAACUAUCCUGUAACAAUAAAUUAGGUUAUUUAAGCAA